AUGGAAUCCAAUCAACCAAAACCAGGAACAUAUCAAUAUUACAUCAAUAUGGUCCGAAGGAGUAUGGGUGAUAUGGAUUCCAACAUAUACAUGACUUCUGUUCGAUCUUUCAAAAAAUUUUAUGAAAAACAGUUCACUCAAAGCGAAAAUUCGGGGAACGGUCGAUACAAAAUUGAUGAGGCACUAUCAGAAAUAUCAAUUAAACAAUUAAACAAUCCUCCAUUAACUUUAAUUCUCGAAAAUAUUAUCUGUCAAGUCAAAGACCACGAAAAACAAUACAAAGCUUAUAAAAUAUGUCAAGACUUACAAAAUAUACCACCCGACAAGAACGCCUUAACAUGGGAUCUUUUCCAAAAAAUUUUAAAUUGGGCAUCUAUACCUUUGAAAGAUUCUUUCGCUAAGAUAAUUGAAGAUUUCGUAUCUAAAUGCAUUUCAUGGCUAAAUAGCGCUGAUGGUAAUCAGAAAUAUUCAGGAUUUCGAAUUUUUAAUACAAUAUCAAAGUAUUUUCCAGAAUUCCUUGAGAAAGACAACACUUAUUAUCGCAGAUUAAUCGCUAGUUAUUUUAAGACAACCGAAUCCGAAUAUUAUCCCCUUGCUUUACAAAGUUUGAAACGUUUAAUGGAUUAUGAUUUCGACAUACAUAAGGAAAUCAUCCAAUUCCUAUGCAAACCAUUCAAAUCUGGCAAGACAGAACAAUUUCCAGGCGUUUGCAUGGCUCUUUGGAUGAUUCUUCAGAGAUAUCGAGAAGAUAUUUCAUAUUUCUCAAUAAAUACGCUUCCUUCAGAUACUCUUUUUGGCAAGGAUAUUACAGCGAAGAUAUCUACGCUAUAUACUCUCCCUAUUUUGGUAAUUGUUUCGCCAGAUUUGUUUAACAACGAAAUUAACAGUAAUAUCAUCAAAACAUUCGCACAUUUAUUCAAGAAAAAGGAUCUUAUAACAAAUGACACAAUAUACAACUUCUCUUGCUUCAUUUUCCAUGCAAAAAUUUUGAAAAAUGACGAAAUUUUAAUGAAUAUCAAAAAAUGCAGAAAAGAAAUCCUGGAGUACCCUGAUAGCCCAGAGACAUCAUCUGCGCUUCUUGCUUGCGAUAUUUUCUUACAAGAUUUGAUCGAAUCUGAUAUCCCAAAAAUUUACAGCCAAGUUCACUCAUUAAUCUUGUCGUACUCCCUCAAAAACUUCUUAAACGCAUGCCCGUCAUACAGCGAAAGCGUAAUUCGAAAUGUUAUCACUUAUUCAAACAAAAUUCUUUUAAAAUUUUCAACUCCUGCAAAAAAAACCGUCGGAAUUUUCAAUUUUCUGAUCGACCUCAACAUUCCUUCGAAAAAAAUUUUACCGGAUUUAAUAUUACAGUAUUCCGACCAUUUAAGUGCUCAUUCGAGGCUGGUUCGUAGGGCUUGCUACAUGUACAUACUCAAAUACAACAAAGAAAACCCUUCUACUGAAAUUUUGGAAAGAAUUUUUUCGAGUAUUGUGUUGGAACAAGACAGGGAGAUCAGAUUAGAUGCAUUAUCGAGUGUAACUUUUAAAAGCUUCGACGAUACAAUCAUUCCGGCCCUCCAACAACUGUUAAUUGACAACGAUGAAGAAAUUCGACAAAAAUCUUUCGAAAUUAUCAUAAAAUUAGCAAGUUAUCAGACGAUACCGCCAAUAAUAUCAUCAGUACUAACAGAUCGAAUCAAUUCUUUACAAAAUUCUUCAGAAAAUUUCCGAGAAAAUAUAUUAUUUUUUAAUAUGAUCGCGAAUGCAGCUUUUUGUGAUCCACCACAUUCAUUCUCUGACAACUGCAGUCAAAUUUUCAUUCCUUUUUCUCAAAAAUUAAUUCAAAUUUUAUUUUCUAUAAAGAAUCGACUUGAUUCCACUUCCAUUCACUUGCUUUCACAUGUAAUAACAAUUUCAUCCGACGAAAUCAAUAUAGAAACGCUUGUAAAAAUAAUUGAAGAUUCAUUAUUGACAAAUUCAUCGACAUCUCGACUUAAUUCCACUCUAGAACUCAUGUAUGCGGCAAUUAAGUAUACUUCCCUUAAGACAAACCUACAAGAAACAUAUCCAACCUUAAUUGAAAAAUUUAAUGCGGUGAAACACAUGACAAAGCCAAAUUACGACACCCAAAUUCUUUUAAAAGUAUCAAACCUCAUAGACAAACCAAAGAUGGCCGGCCAAAAUGCUGAGAACGAAAAAUCAGAUAUUAUAUCGAGCGAAGAUUCGAAAUUACCGAAAGAAGAGAUAGAAAAGCUUGUUACAUUAGUUCCCAGGAGCCAAAACACCAUUUUCAUGAUCUUUAAAAUGGAUUUUCGCAUAAAUAAGAGAAGAUUAAUGCACGGAAUCUGUAUUUUGACCGAACACCUUAUAUUAGUUGUCCGCAAAGCCUAUGUUACAGGCAGCUACACGGUUUUCGAGCAGUUCUUUAUCAUGCAGAUCAAAAAAAUCAAAAUUUCUCAUGACCAAAAAGUGACACUUGUUUUUCCGGAAUCCAGAUUAUCAAUUAUGACUAAUUAUUCUAACAGAUUUGUAGAGAUACUAUCAAGGAAUUAUCUCCUUUGUACAUGCAACAUACCUUCUGUUCUUAAAUGCAAAGUUUCGAUGCCGGAAGGAUUUGAUUUGCCACAUUUUCGUCCUGUUCUCUCUGUAUCACAGAAAUUCCAGUUCUCGUAUACAAGUUAUUGCACUGUCCUCAAAACCCACUACAAUCACGAUCUCGUGAAGUUUUUUCACAAAAUAAUUUGUGAAGGAAACGUUUUUGUAAAUUUUUCUGAAUUACCAUUCCAAGACAUCGAUGUUUUCUUCGGGAAUCCCGUCAAUCUCGAGCCCGUUCUCAAGGCCAUGACGUACGCACCACUUAUUUACGGCCACAUAAUACAAGACGUUUCAAGACCAGACUUUUUGAAGUUGAUAAGUCCAGUCAUUGCUAAAAACAAAUCCAUGAAAUUAUUGCAAUGUUCAAACUGUUCAAUACGCGAAGGAAUACACGAACUCACUGAAGCGAUGUUAAGUAAUGAUAGUUUGAACAUUGUUUUCUACGAUUUGUCAAAUAAUCCAUUGCAAGAAUUAUAUAAAUUGGCCUAUGCCUUCUCAAAAAUCAAAAAUCCACUGUUGUAUUUGAAUUUGAGUGACACGGGCAUGGACCAAACAGAGACAGUUAAUUUCAUGAAAGCAUUGUCAGUCAACAAAUACUUGCAUGAGAUCAGAUAUUUUCUGAUCAAACACUGCAAAGUAAAUGAAGAUGGACUGAAAUAUUUCAUGAAUUACCUCCAGAAAAUGAGGAAUCUUCAAAUGAACGUGUUAAGAUGUUUGGAUAUCGGAUCAAUAAUAAGUGGAUCUGGUUUGUUGUUUAAUGCUUUAGUUGAUUUCCCACAACCAAUUGAGUUCUUGAGUUUGGAAGGUUCAAAAAUAACUAAAAAAGAUUUGCCUUCUUUACUGAAUUACUUGAAAACAACGGAACUCCUCCAGGAAAUCAAUUUAAGCGAUACAAACUUAAGUAUAGAAUGGUGCGGACAAAUAAUCGCUGCUAUUGAAGAUAACGAAAAAUUGUCAGGUUUCAAUUUACUUUUGAAUAAUAACGGAAUCGGAAAGAAUUUUGGAAAAUUUGUGAAGUUGUUUAAAUCGAACAGACUCAUCAAAUGGAAUGGUUUGUCAUUGGAACACAAUGAUAUAUCAACAACAGAUUUCGUCGAUUCUCUUGAUUGGUUUGAAAAUUUGACAAAUUUGAGAGAAUUCAACAUCGGCGGAAAUUUCCACAAAACUUCUUCAAAACUACAAGAAGCUUUGGAAAUGCUGUUCAACAAACAAACAUUGUUCCAUAUAGGUAUAUCCGGAACAUCUAAAAAACACAUCGGAUUAAAUGGAGCGCAAAUAAUUGCGAAUUUAAUGGAAAAUAAUUAUAACAUUGUUGAACUGGACAUUUCAAAUAACCAUAUACAUGGAGAAGGAUUGGCAAAGAUGGCUAAGAUGCUUCAGAAAAAUGAGAUAAUAUUGGAUCUCCAAUUGGAUGGACAAUCACCAAAAACAAUCGAUUCUUAUACAAAAAUUUACGAAAUUUUGUCAAAACAUCCUUCGAUAAAUACUUGUCCAUGGCCUAGAAAUGAUGUUGAUUCAUUGUUUAGUAAUCUUAAGACGCAGCAGAGAAUGACAAUGAUAAGAGAUUUGGCAGCACAAUACUCUUUGGCCAUGAAAAGAAUGAAACAAAACCAAGCAGAAAGAGGUUUACAUUCUCAUCUUUCAAAAUUACAGAUAACAGAAGUUGAUGAAAUGAUCGAUAACUUGACGAUUUCGAUGCACCAGUCGAUGCUCAAUUUAAGAACAAGAUGCCACUCAACUAUAUCAGAGUUCUUCCACUAUCCUUACCCAUUCGAAGACAUGAAACAUGAGAAAUUCAAUAGAGAAGUGAACUCAGAAAUAUACGACCAAUUAUUUAGUAAACCAUUCAAAACAAUUGAAGAGCCGAUUGAAGGCGAAAAAGGACAACUUUCCACGCUCCAAUUCAACUCUUUAUGCCUCAGAAGACCGGGUGUUGAAGAGAUGAGGAAGCAGCAGCAACAGAUGAUGCAACAGAAUAUGAUGAACUUACAAAAGGCAAAUGAAAUUAAAAGAGAAAUAGCUACUGCUCCAUCGGCUCCAAUUAAUCACAAUAAAUUCAAUGUGCCUUCUCAAUUUGAAUUUCAACCGAUCACUGACCACUGGAAGAUUGAUGAUAAAUUUAAGAACAAGAGCAAAGAUACUUCAUGUGCGGAACUUGACGAAACAAGAGAGAAAAUUAAAACAAAAGAUAUGGAAAAGACAGAUGACAUGACUUUCACAAAUAUUAACAAAAAGCAUAAGGAACAGGAAUAUACAGAGUAUGAUGCUUAUGAUGACGAAGAAGAUUAUUAUGAAUAUACGGAAUAA